AUGAAACCGUCGACAAUAGAAUUGCCUUUUGCUGAAGGAUAUGAAUCAUGGGCUUCGGUAAUGCUUCUUGCUUUAGCAGGAUGCGUUUUGCUCAUGACCUACCAGGCAUUCUUUGCCAUUAAAUAUCCCGCCGACCUCCCACUAGCUGGUGAGCCUGGUGGGAAAAGAACAUUCAGCUGGCGAAUGAGAUGGAGGUACUAUACCGACUGCGAGGCUCUCUACAAAGAAACAUAUGAGAACUACACUAAACAUGGCAAGGCAGUCCUCCUCCCGGGACUUGGAUUCCGCCACGACAUCAUUCUGCCUCAAAGCGCAAUGCGGGAUAUAAUGGCCCGUCCUGAAAAGGAACUUAGUCACGCCGACGCGGUCUUGGAACUUGUUCAACUGAAGUAUGCAUUUGGCCAUGAAAAGUACAAAGCCGAUCCCUGGCCUUGUAUGCUUGUGAAGUCGGAUAUCAAUGCCAAUCUGGAGGCUGUUUGUGAUGGUAUGAAUGAGGAAUUGAAAUAUGCAUCUGAAAGAUAUAUUGGAUGUGAUACGGAAGCUUGGAAGGAAGUCAAUUUGACGGAGACAAUUCGAAUGGUCAUGAUGGCCGCGGCGAGUCGAUUUACUGUUGGAUUCCCUCUGUGUCGCAACGAGGAGUAUCUUCGAGCCUGCUGGAAGGUCAACGAUGGGAUAGUGAUGAACGGCGGUCUAACCGGGGCUACUCCACGUCUUCUGCGCCCGAUUUUUGGCCCGUUGGUUACAAUAAAUCUCCGUCGAAGCAUCGAAGAUGUCAAAAAACAAGUAGAGCCUAUCUAUCACCAGCGGCUCCAAGCAUUGAGCCGUCAAAACAGCGCACAGAAGCCCGAUAGCGAAGAACCGCGGGACCUCUUCCAGCAAAUGCUCCGCUACGCCCAGAAAGAGCGACCAAACGAACUGCACGAUUUCCCCAGUAUGACUAGACGACUGUGUUUCGCCAACUUUGCAGCCGUUCAUCAAACAACCUUGCUUGUAACAAACAUGAUACUCAACAUCGUCAGCUCAGACGCGAAAUACAAUACUAUUACCGUCCUCCGAAACGAAGUCGACGACAUCAUCGGCCCCGAUAGCAACGCCAAAUGGACCAAGUACAAAGUCGCACAGAUGAUCAAGUCCGACAGUGUGGCGCGUGAAACCAUGCGUCUACAUUCAAACACCAGCUGCGGAGUCUUCCGCAAGGUUCUAGUCGAGGGGAUCAAAACAGAAGAUGGCAUCGAACUUCCCAAAGGCGCGUACGUCUCCUUCCUGGGUCGUCCGCUUCAAUGCAAAACCGAAGACUUUGGGGAUCCUAUUAUAUACGAUCCCUUCCGGUUCUCUCUGAUCCGCGAGAAGGCUCCAAAAGACACGAAAGGCAGAUCCUCCGCGAGCAAUCUGAGCUUCGUCUCGACUUCACCGGAGCAUCUUCCUUUUGGCCAUGGAGGUCAUUCGUGUCCGGGUAGAUUUCUGGUUGACGUUGAAGUCAAGAUGAUUGUUGCCUAUCUUCUAAGGAAUUAUGACGUCGAGUUUCCGGCCGAGUAUAAUGGGCAGAGACCUGCGAAUCGGUGGAUGGCCGAGACUCUAAUGCCGCCUUCUGGGGCGCGAAUUAGGGUAAAGAGACGAAGUUAAUGCUGUAUUAAAUUAGAUGGGAAAGAAGCAAAAUGUUUUUGUUGAGUCAAAGUCCAAUAGCAGAAAACGUGCGAGAUCCCCUCAUAGCAGAUUACCCGGGAAUACCUAGAAGCCCCGUUCCGAUCAGGGACACACACCUAAACCCCCAAACCUUCCAUUUCCAGGGCUUUUAAAGAGAAGACUCGAUCUGGACCUAGAAGCAUUAUCAC